CGUAAAUGGCGGCCAAUACGGAAUUUCAUGAUUUAGCUGCUAAUUCAAAUGAAAACCAGCCUCGUCCAGAAAAGCGGCAAAAACUUGAUGAAAACAUACCUGGUCAGUGUAAAGAAAAACUGUCAGAUAGUAAAGAAAGCGAGAAAUCAUUAGACAUACAAAAUACAGCUGAAAAUCCUCGCAAAUCUGGAGUUAAUAAAGGCACGAGAACGCAUCGUUUAGAAUGUGAUGUAGGUAUCACACAAUACUGCAGUACACAUGAAGGUUUCUCUGGCAUAUUAAAGCAGAGAUACUCAGAUUUUCUUGUUAAUGAAAUAAACCUUGAUGGAAAGACUGUUCAUUUGACAAGUACAGAAUUACCUGAAGUAUUUGUUCAAGAAGAAAUUGAGAAUUCAGUUCUACCUUCUGAAAUGCUUCAAAAACUGCAAGACUUCGUCAAUAGUGAAGAUACCACAUCCAAGCUAGUGGUUGCUACAGAAGAUGACAAGGAACAGAGAACACUGAUACAUCGAGAGAUCAGACAAAAGUUUCCAAUCUUAGGUAAUUUAAUACUCAAAUUAUAUGCACCUAAGAUUUAAAAAAAAUAAUAGUAAACAUUAAGUAGAAAGCAUCAAAACUGCAUGCCCAAUAUCUCAGUUGCGUGAUACAAACUUUCCACACUGGAAACGUUUGGGGUCCAUAAACCUAUUGGUGUAUAAUUUGAGUAUUUAAUUAGCAGUGCGCCAAGAUGGGGUGGGGCGGGCAAGUUGCCCUGGGCUACCAGUGCAAAAAGGGCCCCCAAAGCAACAAAGACCUAACAAGAAUAUACAUCCUGAGCCAUUAUGAUGUUGUUAUGAUGUUGUAGGGCCCGCUGGGAAACUUUUGCCCAGGGCCCCCUACGACCUGUCAGAGGCCAGUAGGACCAUGCCCUGGUGAACUUGAUUAUCUUGAACUUAAUCCCAUUUCCCAUGGUUUUGCCCAUACUAUGUACAGUAUAUUUCAAUCAUUUUUACUUGGCUAUACUAUGCAACGCUACCUUUUCGGGAGACCUAUGCCACUAUUUUGAGCCCAGCUACAGUAGUGGUACAUAUAAAUUAUGUAAAAUAAUAUUAUUUUAUGAGGUUAUGCAAUAACAAAGGUUAACAGCUAGGGAACCAAGCCUCAUUACGUCAGCACAUCACAUGACCGAAAAGAGGGCCAAGCGCGUAUGUAAUAAGAGCUUGACCGCGCAUUGGUGGUAUUGGUAAUCAUUGUGCACUAUAAGCAUAGAAAACGUAUCAGAAACAAAGUUUUUUUCCUCCUCUUCUUUCAUAUUUCCACCAAUUGUUAAUUGGUGUGAAGGUCUUGCCCGGUGUGGAUAUACACUCAGAGUAAUAUCACAAGCGUCAUAUUCACCUGAGUACAUUACACCAACACAGAAAAAUUCAUGAUUAUUAUUAGAUAACAUUGAUAUCGAAGGAACUAGAUUCUGUUCCGAAAUAUCACAUACUCGAACCGACCAGACCGCGUAGCUCAGUUGGCAGAGCAUUGGGCUAGUAUUUCAAAGGUCGUAGGUUCGAAUCCCACCGUGGUCAGGCAUAUUUUUCAAGCUUGCCCGGUGUGGAUAUACACUCAGAGUAACAUCACAAGCAUCAUAUUCACCUGAGUACAUUACACCAACACAGAAAAAUUCAUGGUGUGAAGGUGUUGACCCUGCGGGGGUGGUCUCCUCAAGGUACCACUGGCAUGGAUCCGAGUCCAAGUAACAGUAGUGCCAGUAGUCGUCCCAGGCCAGGUCACUCGGGCUAACACCUCACCAUCCAAACGGAUAAGUAUGGUGAACGAAGGUGUUAACUUACUCUUUAUACUUGUAAUUUUGUUCAUAACUGUAACGACCUGAAAUAGAUAAAUUUCGAGCAAUUAGCCUCUCUCAGGAUGACAAAUAUCUGCCACUUUUGGGUGGCAUCUAAUUCUUGUUAACCAAUGCUGCCAAUGCAGACAAUUAAAACAAUGUGAAAAGCAAUUUCUCAAAAUGAACUAACCAUUUACAAAGAAAAUUUACCAUCAUUUGUCCAAAAAAAUUAUAAAAAGUCCAUGUGGACUUAUCUUGCAGACUUCGGCAGAAAAUCCACCCAAAAAUGGCGGUGUGAGAAAGGCUAAUUAGGUCUGAUUUUGCAGUUUUGUUUAUACUGUAUCUUUCAGGUAGUAAGUUACAACCAAAGCACUUGUCUUGUCAAGGGUUAGUUAUAUAUGGGUUGAGCAACCCAUCCUGAUUCCCAUGCCUUGUGUUGAACAGUUAAGGUGGCUCCCUACAGUUAUUAGUCGAAUUUGAAGUUGAUUUAGUCAGACGUCAUUCUCGCGUCGUGUGCGUGCAAAAUGUGUGGCCUUUUUGACACAAGCCGGCGAAAUCAUUUUCGAGUGUUUAUCUUGAAAAGGACAACACCACUAUUUUUUCAAUCAUACGUAGUUGACAUUAUAAAGUAUGUAUGUUGUUAACCAGUUUUUAAACUUUUUUUAGUAUAUUUUUCACGUUUUAACGUUUUACGUUUUUUUUUAAAUGUUCAAAAUCUUCGACUUGUCGAAAAUCGAUACUACAGUGAAAUAUAAAUAUUAUUGUAGUACUUCAUUUUUUGAAAGGCUGGACUACAAAUAACUAGUAUGUCACUGAAAUAUUUAUUUGUGUAAUAGUUAAUAUCAAUAGUUACUAGCUCUUCGCAUUCAACUUGACUCGUCAGUGUUUUAUUAAUUAUACUGAUAAAAGUUGAUCCUUCAUGAAACAAAUCUUAAGUGAAAAAAGUUUUAUAAAAUCUUGAAUGGUCUGAUUUCACAACAACUCAGAGACUACAACUCAACAAGUGAAAAAAAUAGGGCAAAAUAGUUUUUUCAUUCUUACCGUUUGAGAUAUACUGUAUUUUCUGUUUUCAAUAAUCCCAAACAAAUCACAUAUAUUGUGGAAGUCAAAAUGAAAACAAUUGUCAAUCCACCACGCGUUUACAGACAGAAAGUACACAAAAUAUUACUCCCAUGCGUGGAAAUAUUCUCGCGGGAAAUAACUGUAUUUUUCUCGUGUUUCAUUCGGUGAAAACUUUUUAAACUUUGUACACUGUACAUCAAUCAUAAAAUGCAUAAAAUAUGCGAGUUUAAAAAAAUCGUAGGAGCUGAUAUUUUUUAUUUUGAAAAAAACCCGGUUUUUCGAGAAUAAAAAAAUUGGCUUCUACAAAACUCUUAUUUGAAGUAACUGUACAUUAUCUUCGUAUGUACAGAAAAUAAAAACGUUUCACUGAAGGAAAUUUAAAAAAUCAAAGAAAGAAUGCAAAAAUACGAUAUUUUUGAAAUUAACUUGAUGGCAACGAGAACAUUCAAAGACAUUUUUAUAAUUUUAUUUUUCGUAAUCCUUAGUAUUUACGCAAUGUUGUGUGCGAGUUUCGUGAUCAUAUCUUGCAAACUGAGGAAAUAAUGGAUCUUAAAGCACAGUUGUGCGCUACAGUAUAACGUUAAAACUGUAGGGACUAGGGAGCCACCUUAAGCUACAAUGCACUCUACUUUGCCAUGCAAAUCUGCAAGGACUUAGUGGUUUCUUCUUUCUCUUUUGCAGAAAGUGACACUGCUGAUGUUGAUGGUCAUAAAGUUAUCCGAGCGUUUCAUGCAAACCUAUCAGAUAACAAGAGAAGACGAAAGAAUGACUGGCCAAAAGAUCGUGGAGAAUAUUGCCAUUUAGUUGUGUAUAAAGAAAACAAAGACACCAUGCAAGUCAUCAAUUUACUUGCAAAAUGUUUGAAAAUCAAGCCAGAUAGAUUUUCCUACGCUGGAACUAAAGAUGGCAGAGCUAUCACUGUACAAAGUGUUUCAGUUUUUCGCAUUGACGCUCGUCAUCUUCAAGGUCUGAACAAAGUACUAAAUAACAUCCGUGUUGGAAAUUUUGAAUUCAAGAAGACGCCGUUGAAACUUGGUGAUCUGAAAGGAAAUACAUUUGUUGUUGUGUUAAGAAAUGUUGGUGCAAGUGAUGAGCUGAUCACGACUGCAAUGUCUUCGCUGAAAAAUAUUGGCUUUAUUAAUUAUUAUGGUUUGCAAAGAUUUGGGUCAAGUAAAAAUGCUACUCAUGCAAUGGGUAUGAUGUAACUGAGUUAUCUAACCUUAUAUCUGUCUACAAUAGUCUGUCUUGGUUUGAAGCAUUUUUUAUCUUUAAUCGCACGAACCAUUGUAGGUUUAAUGGCACGAACUAUUGUAGCUUGUUAAGGGGAGACUUUUUUGUAUGUUACGUAACACGCGCUCAAAACCAACGAGCAUAAUAUACAACUUGCGGUUAUGACUGCAUUCAAAAUUUUUAUUUUUCGAUACGUUUCUCAAUCGGCACACAAACUUAAAAAGUAUAUUUAAUGCUUUAUCCCCGAGCCGGCGGCGCGAAGCGCCGUGCGAGAGUACUAAUUCCCCCCGGCUAUUUACUCCCGGGGAAACGAAAGCAUUAGCGGAGUCUAAAGUUCAUCAAAUAUCGCGGGCGUGGGUGACCAACCGUGGGUGGUCAUCUUCACUGAUCUCAAAUAUAUGACGGACUGUCAUGAAUAGCGGACACUGAUUGGUCCAAUUUAAAAUUUGCAUUAUAAGGAUUAUAACGACUGCAUGACGACAGCGAAAUAGCAAACAUUUCUUGAUUUGAUGAUUGAUGAAUUUUUUGUUCGCAUUUUUGCAAGAUUUUGUAAAUUUCAAAAGUUUUCUCAUAAAGAAAGGGCGAAAAGAAUCGGCUAAAGGAAGGGAGCCGACGUUAACGAAGGUAAGUUUGUUUUAAAUAUUGAUUUUAUAAUGGUUUCAAACCCGACGGCCUUUGCGUAUAUGAAACAACUAAACAAGACAGCAUAUAAUUUCAGUGUAUCUUUAAUAUUGAUUCCCUUUUUUAUUAUAUUGAAUUUUUUAAAUAAAAAAGAAAGCAAAGUUAUUUGCAAGCGAGAAUUUGAAAUCAUUUUAUUGCAAACUCAAAGUUUAUCGAUAAAGCCAUUUAAUUAUAAAAGGCUGUUUAGUUUUAUAAAGAACACUUUAAAACCUUUUUUCGAAGCGUUUGUGGUUGAAUUUUAUCUUAAAUUGAAGCCUAUAUUACGUAUAAUAACAUACCUAACAUAUAUAUGUUGGGAAAUUGAUAACUUUGUAAUUAAAAGUGAUAUUUUUAGGAGAUUUGUAAGAAUAUUCUUAAAAAAUUAUCGUGUUACCAUGACAACUGCUCUAGAUACUUCAUGUUCGGAAAAUACAAUGGUUUUGUCAGCAAGGCGAGGGUUUCUGCAUGCAUGUAUUUUCUAGUCUGUAAAAUAAUGCUAAAAUGAAGAGAUUUUAGAUGGUACACAAAGAGAAAAUUAUGUCUGAAGUCCAGUAAGUUUUGUGUCAAUUUCACAGCAUCAUUCAUAAUAGUAUUUUAAUUGACAAAUUUUUCCUAUUAGUUUAUGUUUCUCAACCGGCAAAUGGAUUUAAAAUGGUAGCUAACUGCAUAACCUAGAGAAUAAAAGAACGCACACUGUUACCCCGCAUUCAAUAUUUUAAUGUGAAACUUUUUUUCUUACGUAGGUUUAUGUCUACUGAAGAGUGAGUGGUCUGAAGCUAUUGAUCUCAUCCUUGGAUCACGAUGUGAGCAAGAUGAUGUGUUAAGCAAAGCAUACGAACAUUGGACAAAGACAAGAAAUCCAAAAGAAUCUCUGGAGAUGCUAGAGGGAAAGAAGUGUUUGGAAACAUUUCUUCUUGAAGGACUAUCGAAAAGCGGCAAAGAUCUUGUCGCGGCUUUGAAAGUUUUACCUCGAAACACAAGAUUGAUGUUCGUUCAUGCAUAUCAGAGUUACAUUUGGAAUGUUGUUGUGUCAAGACGAAUCAAGGUUUGUCACUUAAACAUUUAUCAAUGAAAUUAUUUUCCAACUACACAAGUGGUGGCUCUAUACUGGUGCAGUAGUCAGAGUAGCCUUUCGCACUGAUCAGUGUUGAUUAUGACAAUUUCACUUGGGUUUCACAAAUGUCCGAUCAACUGUGCAGUUGCUCGUACAUUGGCUGAUAAUGGUCGACCAGCUUUUCAAUAUUUACGUUUAAUUGACGAGCUAUCAAUAUGAUAGCUCGUGCUGAUCACUUCCCGCAUGAUCAAUCACAUUACGUAAUUUUUGGUAAGCGAACCCAAAGAUCCGUGCAACUGAAACAACUGAAAAGUUCUUGGCUUCAUGGAUAUUGUUCUGGAAUUUUCUGCGUGUCUGUUACAAAAAUCUGGUAAUGUGAUUUUGUUGCUUGUCACAGCGAAGCCAAGAAAAUGUUUGACAGUGCUCAUGGAAAAUGUCCGGCAGCGCCAGCAGCACCACUGCCAGGAAAUUUUUCACAAAAUAUUUUCGCAGGAAAUGUUCUUACACCUUGCAGGAAAUUUUUGUUAUAUAUACUGGAAUGCCAUACAAUUCACUUACUGUUUAAAAAUUCCAAAAGCAUUUUGCAAGUCGAGAUUGACGUUUAUCACAAUGUGCGGCUGCAUACGUUCUCUGAAAUCUACAUAUGCAGGAAGUUUUAUAUUUGACUUUAAUAAACAGGAAAUUUUUAUUUUUGAAUUUUGCUGCCAGGAAGAGAAAUAUAUUUCUAGGCCUGAUGUCUUGUGUUCCUUCUCUCGCUUUUAUGCUUUAUGAACAGUUAUAAUCAAAUAAUACAGUAUCAAAUUUUGUUUAAUCGGCCAAAAUGUCCGUGCAGAAUAAAGUUAAUCGGUUAUGUAGUGUUUUUGUAGGGCAAAUAGCCGAUUGCCGACCGUGAUAAUCCACACUGCAUCUGAUCGAUAUAUGAAACGAGUCAGUCAACACUCUACCGAAAGUCUUGGGUUUUCUCUGGGUACUUUGGUGUCCUCCAGAUAAUGUAGAGUACACACCCACUUACUUACAUACCAAUAUUACUCUGCAGGAAUUGGGUCUUGAGCCUGUUGUUGGUGAUCUGGUUUUUGAUAAAACAAAAUCAACCUCUUUAUUAGGUAAGACUUACAGUAAUGACACGUUCACACCAGUAAAUAAAACUUGUCAUAUGAAAACUUGUCAUAUAAAAUUUGUUGCAUAUCCACACGUGCACUUGGCAAAUAAAACUUGUCACAUAAAAACUUGUCAUAGAAAACUUGCUCGUCUGUAACCAGCUUAAGGUGUACAGUAAGUAACAAGUUGACGAUGUACAUUCAGUUUAUAAGACAGAGUCUAUAUACUGCAUGUAUAUAUUUGUCACAACCUUAGCGUUGAAAUCUCAACGAUAAAGAGACAAGGUACUGUACAAGGUAAUGUUUAAAUAUAAUUGAAAUUUGACGGCAUUGCAAGCCGCUCUUUCAAGCUAGAUAACUCAGGAAAAGUCUAUUGAAAUAAAUCGAACUUUGCUGUAAUGUACCGCAUGUUUUAACAUUAACAAACACUCGUAUUUAAUACUGCAUUUGGAGGGUAACUUUGUUUGGAGAAGGUUCUUCGAGGUGCGAGGUUUGAACCCCACCCCAUCUGAACCAUCGACCCAGUGUCUUUAUCAAAUGAUCAGGGAUGCGUCCAAGAGCUGUGGCCACGAAUUGACCAGAAUGGAGGUGGUGAGAGCAAACCAUACGAGUAUGACAAAUAAUGAGAAUACCCAACGUGGAAGCACGGAUGGCGAGAUACCGAGACAAAGCUUGAACCAGGCAACUUGGAACAGAACAACCGUGGUGAAAGGGAUCUGUUCUCGUGGUGAAAGGGAUCUAUUUUCGGAAUAGUUAAAAAUGAACAGCAUAUUUUAGUGAAUGUUAUCAAGGGCCAAGUGAUGCGAGUGGAGAAAGGUACAGUACUGUACUGUGCUGUACCGACAUUACCGGCACAUAAUACUCACUGACGCGUGGGAAGCAAAAAAAGCCGUACAACAUGUCUCGGAGAGGAUACGCUGCAGAAUGCACUGUUUGGAGCUGGGAAGCCAGGCUACAUGCGGAGAGGAGAGAGCGCGAAUACUACGCAGCAAACGAGCUAGUCUUGUGCAGUUGUGGAACCACGAGUGGAUUGAUAGACAGUGCCCAGGUCGAUAUUGAGAGAGCAAAACGUUGCAAUAUACUUGGAGAUGCAUGUGUGCGCCAAUCUUCGGGUGGAAUGACCAAGUCGCUAAUAACAUGAGAAGCCAUUCCAAUGCUAGAAAGCACGAGAAACCGAAGGUGAACGUAAACUAAAAUGCCAUUUGACUGGUGGGUAAUCAGCCCUGAGGUACCAACUGAGAGAGCAGGUCCAGGGGAGUAGGUUGAAUAAUUAAAUGGCAUCCAGGAUGAAGUGGCGGAGUUUUCUGUAAACAGUGUAGACAAUCACGACAUUUUCUUGACCAAGUCCAAUUGAAUUGCUCUAGAAAUAGCUAUACUUUUUGCCAAGAGGGAGGCCAAGUCCACAAACUGAGCCAACGUGAUAAGGGCCACCGUCUUGUAAAAGGAAUGGUAAGAACCCAUGGCCUACCACAAAGGAUUCAAGCAACUGUGAUAUCCGAGCUGACCUGAGGACCCAAACAAACCUGUGUGCUGUCACGUGUUUGGUUGAAGCUGAGCAGCAGCUGAUAAGUUUUCCUGAUCUCCAGACAGUGUCUGUGCAUGGUCCAUCGUUUGUGGCGGCAGUACACGGGCGGAAAUGGGCCGACAAAACAAGAUGGAAAUUGCUCAAUAUGGCUGGCGAGGACGAAGGUGUCGUUGUUGUUAACUGUGGAAGAAUUAUAGGCGGAUAAAGGGCGCUAGAGACCAGCUGCUGGAGCACAUUUGUUGUUUCAAACGAGCAGCCAGGCGUAAGAGAAGAUCCCAAUGCCGAUUAUGCUGACCACAUCGUUGCUGUAGGCACAUUAGUUACACAAGCAAUGGAAGUAAAUUAUAAGAGCGAGGAAGCCACGACAGACGAAUAUGAACGUAGAGAUUCGUUCGCCAUAACUGUGAUCGUCGCUAUGGUAAGCGAGGUUACAACACUUGGAGAUUCGCUGCUAAUAGCAGAAACAUGAAACUCGUAGUCUAAAGUGAUUUAAUGCAAUUGAUCGAUAAGCUUGAUGCAUAAUUGAUUAAAAAUAAAUACUAAACAGUGCCUAAUGUUACAGUAACUAUUUUUGUUGCAUAAAAUCAUUAAACUUUUAUUUUUCAGAUGAUCAAUUUAUUUUAAAUGAAUGUGUGAAGCUUUUAACUUCAGAAGACAUGAACUCAUACACCAUUCAUGAUGUGAUCAUGCCGUUGCCUGGUUAUGACGUCACGUACCCACGACACGCGGCAAGAGCGUGGUAUGAAGAACUGUUGUCACAUGAUGGUGUAGAUAUCAACAACAUGCGACAUAAAGUGAAAGAUUACUCUCUUUCCGGAGCGUACAGGUAUGUAUGUUCAAGAUUAUUUUUAUGUUGCAAAUGAUACUACUGUAAACCCUGCGGCAGUACUGGACACUUUGCAAAAUAUUGGGCGAAUGUAGGUUGUCAACAUAUUUUUGUCCUCUUGUUGCUGCAAGUGUCGUUUCUUUUGAAGCAAAAAUAAUGCGAAUUUGCUAAAAUAUACAGUAGUUUCUUUACGGCAUGAUGAGUUUUUCAUGUUUGCUUUGUUACAUAGUUUGUCAGCCAUCAUUCAGACUUUCAGAAAUUAUUGACCACCCACCCCCUUUUUAAUUAUGGUGUUUAUUGUGAAUUUUUGUACAUUUGUCAUUGUCGCUGGAGGCAAAGUUGGCAAGACUUUUUUGUAAAAUUAUGUUGCAUUCUACUGCACGAACGAAACUUCAGCCUUGUAGUACAAACAUUGAUUUCACAAACCUAUUGAAUUGAAAAGAUUCGUGAAUUUUUUCAUAAUUGGUUUAUUACAUACAGUAACACGCUGAAAUUUGCCUUUAAUUGCAUUUAAUGUACUUUCUAUUUAAGACAUGUGAUAGUGCGACCAGACCACUUGACAUGGGAAACAGUGAGCUACGAUGACCCGACAGUUUCAUUGGUCCAUACUGAUUACGACCGUAUGACGGCAGUUUCCGAGCCAGUGCCGGUGAGUGAUGGGCAGUACCAUGCACUUAAGAUGAAGUUUGAUCUGCCGUCAUCUUCCUACGCUACAAUGUUAGUACGUGAAAUUCUCAAAACUGACACUUCACCAAGCUAUCAUUCCACUCUUAAUAAGUACUAGUCGACCUUGCAAGUCGUUCGUUUUGGUUUAUCUCUCUAUCUUGAGUGUGAGAAAUAAGUGUACAGUGGGUCUCAAAAUAACUGCUCGGUUAAACUGUUGUCUAGGAGUUUUAGAGAAAAUUUGUUUUAUAAAUAGGUUUGUAGGGUACUCCUAUCAAAACUAGCACCCACGAAGCCCAUUUUAUACAUUUGUUGAUCUAUAAACCAGAAGCAGUUGCCGAAAAUUGCAACUAUAGGCCCUAUAGCAGGAGUCAAACCUGCGGUCCUGCGAUUCCGGUGCAGCGCUCUAACCAAUUGAGCUAUUGAUGUCAUAGUUUUAAAAAAGUUUUUCAAGCUAUAUGAGACUACAUAAAACUGAUAAAAGAGACAAAUACCGCGCAUUUUUUGGCUGCCUGUGGUUUGAGCGUUGCACUGGAAUCGCAGGUUCGAUUCCUGCCAGAAGGCCAAUAGUUACAUUUAUCGCAAUUGCUCCUGGUUAGGUGUAAUAAUUAUAAAAUUGACACUCGAAAUGGACCUAUUACCUAAUGAACAAAAUUUUGAUCUGGACAAGUCUAGCAAACAUUUCAUCACAAAAUUAGUAAUUAGUAACGUCGAAACGUUUCGUUGCAAAAUGUUGUAAAAUACGAAUAAUAUAGCCCUGCGAAGUUUGCCGUUUUUCAGCCAUUUAAUUUGUAUUACGCACGGGAAAUUGAUACCUCUUUCUGAAAAAGGUAGACUUGUCUAGAUCAAAAUUUUGUUCAAUGGGUAAUAGGUCCAUUUCCAUCAACAAAAACUCCUCAACAAUUAGUUCUAUCGAGUGAAAUGCCCAAAAUUUUGAUAUUUACCAUAACCGUAUUUACAACUUACUUUUUUAAACGGUUGAAGAACCAUGCCUAUCCACCGGAUCGGCCCAGAUCCACACAUCAUUUGAAACGGAUUAUAUUUCGCUGUCAUGAUUGUAAGACUCGUCUCUUUUUCAAGUUUUUAUAGUUGCGUUAAAAGCAGUAGUUGUUUGAGUAAUUAAAGAAAACGUUAUUGAAAUACAGUAGUGACGAUGAAGAUAUUUUCAUGUUGAACUGGAUAUUUUAUUUUCUACGUGUCAAAAUGACCAGGUUAUUUUGAGGCUGAAAAUAAUUCAUGACGUUUUGUUUUAUUUCCUGACCGUUAUUUGUGUCUGUGCGUUUGUAUUGCCAUGCAUACAUGUUUCUGUUUAUUUGAUGAAUUUCCAUGUAAAAUUAUUUGAUAUGAAUACCUAAUAUGCAUGAAGUUGAAGGUAUUAUAGAUGGAAAUUAUCGAGUGUAAAUUUAUAUACAUUUAUUAGACCUAACCAGGAACAGCUGCGAAAACUAUACGUCCUCUCGCAGGAAUCGAACCUGAGGUCCUGCGAUUCCGGUGCAGCGCUCUAACCAACUGACCUACAGAGUCCAGUUGUCGAGCUCUAACCACAAGUUUAUGUACAGUGUGUAUACUAGGGGACUGUCAUGUUAACGUAUAGGUACAUAUGCAUGUUUUUCUUCUGAAAUGAUUUGUUCAGGCAUGUAUGAACAAAUAA